GAAUGGAAAUCAUGGUCAUGUCUAACAUGGGACCGAAAGACAUGAGUGGACAAUGUGGCGGGACUCAUUCAGACUGCAAAUUUUCUGCCUGCUUCUGGCAAUACUGGCUAUCGUGGUGCUGGUCCAUAACUUUCUUCAGUUAGAGCACCUAGAUGAUGCCACUGUUUCAGGGUCCAGCUGGAUAACAGCAAACAAUGACAGGCAAACUCUGUCACGGGCCACUGGAAUUGCCAGGAAGCUUUACUGCGGUUAUGAGCGGCAGCGUUUGUCCAAGAGAGAGCAAGCAGAAGAGGAGUCCUUGCUUGCGGCUCUGCUUUGGCCAAAACCUCCUGAUGACGAAAUCCCUUUUGUACAAAGCACAGAUCCUGCACACAGUGACUUUGUGAUUGUGAAACCUGGUGCACUCUUCAAGGUGGGUGAUCAGUUAGAGGUGCUCGUCCGGAUGAAGGACUUCCGAGGAAAACCCAAGCAAUAUGGUGGAGACUACCUACAGGCUCGGAUUCACUCUCCUCUGCUGAAAGCUGGAGCAGUGGGGAGGGUUGUAGAUUACGAUAAUGGCUUUUACAAGGUCUUUUUUACUUUACUUUGGCCAGGGGAGGUCAAAAUAUCUGUCUCGCUUGUCCACCCGAGUGAAGCAAUCCAAGUGCUCCUGCGUUUGCGAGAAGAAAGGCCAGACAGAGUCUAUUUUAAAAGCUCCUUCAAGUCUGGGAGGUUUUCGGAAACCACCGAGUGCAAUGUGUGUUUGCCUGGAGAUCUCCCAGUCUGUAACUUCACAGAUCUCUACACGGGUGAGCCCUGGUUCUGCUACAAGCCGCGGAAACUCUCCUGUGCCAGUCGAAUCAGUCAUGCCAAGGGUGGAUAUCAGAAAGGUCUUCUGACACAAGAGGAAAGCCUCUUUUUCCAAAGUGACGUGAAUAUCAAAAUGCCCAUAUUCCCCAGUGGACCUGAUGCAGUGACUGUGAAGCCCAAGGCAUUUACAGAUUCAAGUGCUAUGGACAGAGCUGAAGAUCCCAAUAUAUCCCCUUCUGGAUAUUAUUAUCAAGACCAGUGGAGGCCCAGAACACACAGGAUCCAUCAUUUCAAUGAGUCAGAGGAUGUCACCAAGUGCUUACAAGGAAAAAUAAUCCACUUGUUUGGAGACUCUACAAUAAGGCAGUGGUUUGAAUAUCUGACAGCAUUUGUUCCAGAUCUAGUGGAAUUUAACCUGGGGAGCCCGAGGAACGUGGGCCCGUUCAUGGCCGUGGACCUGAAGCGCAACAUCCUGCUGCGGUUCCGCUGCCACGGGCCACCCAUCCGCUUCACAACAGUCUUCAGCAGCGAGCUGCGCUACAUCGCCAACGAGCUCAACGGCAUCGUGGGCGGCAGGAACACUGUGAUAGCCAUAACCAUAUGGUCCCACUUCAGCACGUUCCCUGUGGAAGUUUAUAUCCGGCGGCUGAGGAACAUCCGCAGAUCGAUUAUUCAGCUGCUGGAUCGCAGCCCCAGGACCGUAAUCGUCAUCAGGACGGCCAAUGUUCAGGAGCUCGGGCCGGAAGUGAGCCUCUUCAACAGUGACUGGUAUUCCUACCAGCUUGACUCUGUCAUGAGGAAAAUGUUCUCAGGAAUUGCUGUGCACUUUGUAGAUGCCUGGGAGAUGUCUCUGGCUCACCACUUGCCCCAUAACUUGCACCCAAAUGAAAUCAUUGUUAAAAAUCAGAUAGAUGCGUUUCUAUCUUACGUAUGCCCGCUGCAGACUUAGCAC